AUGACGGACCCGAACGUUGGUCAACUUCCAUCGGCAUCGACUGUAGCUGCGGCGGCGGCGAUUUCUCAGCCUCCAGUGAUGCUUCAGGGAUACGACUAUUCGUAUGGAUUGGAUCCCGGCGCGCUGAAUAUGGCUGAUUAUUGGAAUGGAUACCAUCUAAAUGCUUAUCCCUCACUUCAACCAUCGGAAAUCGACUAUUCGGCCGCUGCCUUCCUCACCGCCACUCAACCACCCCAGCAACCUCAACCAGCCGAUACGACUCCCGCAUCCAUUCCAGCUCCGACACCUGACGUGAAACCUCAUCUCGUCCCUUCGCCACAAACCACCACAUCCCCAACUUCUACGGCUAGCGAUACGAAAACUUCGAUCGUUGAGUUGAAAUCCUCCUCUGCGAAUACCUCGGCUGAAAUCGCUGUUGCUGCUGCAGCAGCCGCCGCGCCACCUGCGGUAUCAGCGGCAAAUCCACCACCCCAGGGACCUCUGGAUGCCAUGUCUUCGAUGUACGGCCAGUGGCCAUCGGCUUACACUGGAUACGACGCGAAGGCAUCCGGAUCCGUAAACCCAUACCUUCACACGAUUCCACCGCCGCCUAUCCAUUCCCCGGUGCCGAGCAUCAAGCAUCAGCGGAACUCUCCUUCUACCAGACACCUCAGAAUGGACAGCCGGUAUGUCACUGUUUUUAUUACUGUUUUAAUGUUUUACCCCAACACACAAAAUGGUCUUGGAAGCGAUGCGAACCUUGCCGAUUAUGGUCACCAAUUCGCCGGAGCCGCCAUGAGCCCACACUUUGACAUGUAUGGGAUGCAAGGAAUGCCAACCGGAUCCAGCUCCUCGUCUGGAGUUGGUGGUGGACGUGGCGAGAAGUCGGCGUCUCGAACUGGAUCACGACGACGACAGCAAGGAGCUCCACCAUCGUCUGGAGCCAUGACACGUCACUCGUCAUCAUCGAGACUUUCGGAUAACGAAUCUGUGAGCAACGACGAGAAGGACACGGAUCGACGAUCCCAGAACAAUGCAAGAGAAAGAAUCCGCGUGAAAGAUAUCAACUCGGCGUUCAAAGAGCUCGGUCGUAUGUGCACCCAACAUAACCAGAAUACCGAAAGAAAUCAGACGAAACUGGGAAUUUUACAUAAUGCCGUCGCUGUGAUUACUCAAUUAGAAGAACAGGUAAGAGAGUUCGGUAGUCCAAAAGGAGUACGAAAUUUAAAAAUUUCAGGUCCGUCAACGAAACAUGAACCCAAAAGCGAUGGUUGGAAUGAAACGAAAACCGGAUUCGGAUAA